AUGGCAGCAGCAUACCUGGUGGUGGCUGUUUCACCACUGCAGUCACCACCGGCAAAGGUGUCUGUUGGUGACAUCUUACAUCAGGGUCUACACUUGAUGCUUCUGCUCCUCAGCAUAUCAGGAAACUCUCUAAGGACACCUGGGAGUGAUCAUGUUGAUGACAUUAUGCAUCCUGCUAUUGCAAACUUUGGAGUAAAAAUAAUCAACAUCCCAAAUGCUGUUUCUGUCUCCACAGUGAACGUAGAAAUGGCCUUAAUGCUGGCAUCUGCAAGAAGACUAGUGGAAGGUCACAUUGCAACAUCUCCAGAUACCACACAUUUUGCAGUUGACUGGCUGGGAGUAGAAGUCACCUGGGCCACUCUUGGGAUCUUUGGGAUGGGCAGCAUUGGGUAUAACUUAGCAAAGAGAGCAAAAGCUUUUGACAUGAACAUCCUUUGUCACAACAGGAACCACAGAAAAGAGGAAGAAGAACAGGCAAUUGGUGCCACUUAUUGUAAAAACAUAGAAGACUUGCUCCGACAGUCUGACUUUGUGAUGUUGGUUGUGAAUCUGACAUCUGAGACACACAAGCUCAUUGGGAAAAGGGAGCUGCAGCUGAUGAAACCCACGGCUACUCUCAUCAACAUCUGCAGAGGCGCAGUAGUUGAUCAAGAUGCCUUGGUAGAAGCGCUCCAAAAUGGAGUUAUUAAAGCUGCAGCUUUAGAUGUGGCUGAUCUUGAACCAUUGCCAAGGGAUCACCUCUUAUUGCUACUGAAAAAUGUUAUUAUAACUCCUCACAUUGGAACUGCAACUGUGCAAGCCCUGCUUAUGAUGACAGAAGAAGCAGUGGGAAAUAUACACACUGUUCUCAAUGAUCUCCCCAGUGAAAUGAUCACCAAAUAG